UAUUUAGAAGAGAAACAGUUUUUUCAGAGCGGAAAUAAUGGGAAACAACAUUAUGAUGGGAUUAAAUUCAAGACAGAAUCGAAAUAUGAAGAUGGAAAAGAGAAAGGAAAAGGUAGCGAAAUCACCACAAAAUCAUGA